CGGGGCGCGGGGAUGCGGGCGGCGCGCGGCGCCAUGGCCAACUUCCGCCUGGCUCUUAUUCAACUUCAAGUGUCUGCUGUUAAAUCGGAUAACCUUCAAAGAGCCUGUGAACUGGUGAGAGAAGCAUCAGCUAAAGGAGCAAAAGUUGUGGCUCUACCUGAAUGCUUUAAUUCUCCAUAUGGAACCCAAUACUUUAAGGAGUAUGCAGAGAAGAUCCCUGGGGUAUCCACACAAAAGCUCUCAGAAGUUGCAAAGGAGUGCAGCAUAUAUCUCGUUGGAGGAUCCAUUCCAGAGGAGGAUAGUGGAAAGCUGUAUAAUACAUGUGCUGUCUUUGGGCCUGAUGGUGCUAUUUUGGCAAAGCAUAGGAAGGUCCAUUUGUUUGACAUUAAUAUUCCUGGGAAGAUACAGUUCAAGGAAUCUGAAACACUGAGUCCAGGGAAUAAUUUAUCCAUGUUUGAUACUCCAUACUGUAAAGUGGGCCUGGGCAUCUGCUAUGAUAUCAGAUUUGCUGAGAUGGCUCAAAUCUACGGACAGAAAGGUUGCCAGCUGCUGAUAUAUCCAGGGGCUUUUAACCUGACAACAGGACCAGCUCACUGGGAACUGCUACAGAGGGGUCGAGCUGUUGAUAAUCAAGUCUAUGUAGCUGCUGUAUCUCCUGCUAGAGAUGAAAAAGCAUCCUAUGUUGCCUGGGGACACAGCACUGUAGUAGAUCCAUGGGGUGAAGUCAUAGCCAAAGCUGGGGCUGAGGAAACAGUGAUAUACACAGAUAUAGAUCUGAAGAAAGUUGAAGAAAUACGUCAACAAAUUCCUAUUUUAAGCCAGAAGCGUUGUGAUCUCUAUGGCAUAGAGAUGAAAAAGUGAAGCUGGGUGAACAGGGAAGGUUCAGUUGGCACAAUCGCUGCUGCUUUCAUCUUCAGGAUUCCCUUACUAGUUGCUUCAGAAUCCAUUGGCUAAAUGUGCCAGUUUAGAAAAAAAGAAAAAAAAAAAAUCAACUUGCUGGUAUAAUUCUAAAAUUGAUUAAAAUACAACUUUUAUAUUUUCUCACAUAUUUAAAAUUUUAUAGUAUUUUACAGCUAGGAUAAAUGAAGAUGGAGGUGAAAUCAGUUCAACACAGGAGUAGCUAACAUGGCUUUUCAUGCAUCACAAUAGUUGAUUACUUUUUGGUGGCUUUAUGUGUAUAAUAUAAUAUUUUCUCUGGAAAUCUCUGAAGUCAGCUUUGGUACUGUGAAUUUUUCAGUGAAUUAUCAGAUAAUGUGGAAGCAUGAAUCUUCCAUCUCUGUCCUUAGUUGUAUGUGCCUUAACAAAGUUCCUUGAAUGCCCAGCUUUUAACUUGGAAAACUCAAUAUUGAACAGACUAAGCAAAACAGACCAAAUUAUUAGGCAAACUAUUUAGGCACAAUGCAAGAAGGGGCCAUACAGAAUUACUACUAGAGAAGACUGCAACAGGUUUUGGGUUGUGUCAUGACUGGAAAAAUGUGUUAAAUUCUCCUUGUUGCAAUUUCUGUUUAUUGCUGGUCAUUGGGUUGCUGUCUUUCUUUAAAGCCAUUCACAUGUCACCACACCUUUGCCCUGCAUACUGCUACCUUCUUUAAUUCUGCUGCUUUACAGUCUCCACUUGGAAAGGCUGAGGGGUGUUGGUGAAAAGGGUUAGAAAACUUGUUGCACGGAUCAAGUCUUUCUGCCCAGUCUUCCAGAAGACUUGUCCUAGAACUGCAUCAUGCUGAAGUGCAUUGUUGCUACUGAAGGGCAGCUCCCAACAUGGAAACAGCUGCACGAGAACACCCCUUACUUCAUAGCUUGCUGAGCAGACUAACAAAGUGAUAAUUAAAGAUUGCUUUAAAACCAGUUUAGCCUUCUGUUCUUUAGGGUUUUUUUUUUCUGAGAAAGACACCUUGGUGCUCUGAUGUAAAAAGGUAAGAAUUUGCAGAUAGCUUUUUUUUUUUUUCUCCUUGGAAUGAAAAAAAAAAAAGCAGCAACUCUAGCUGUGCAGCCUUUACCACUUGGGUUUUUAGUUUUCCAAGAGCAAAAAUGAUAAAAGAGGUUUCAAAAUAGAAAAAAUGGGAGGGAGAGAAGGUUUCGUCUUGCUCUAUCCAACCAUUAGUUCCCCCCAAAACUACCUUACCUUUUAAUCCACAUUUGGCCAGACUCCUCUUCCCACAGCUGCUCUCUUGACUUUAUUUUUUUUUAGUGUUCUUUUUUUGGCUUCUCUGGAAUGAGCUAGGUGUGUUUUAUAGAGGAAAAUUAAUGGUUAAACUAAGCUAAACCCUGAGGCAUCUUUCCCCACAAAAGACAGGUCACACCAUUCCACUCAGUGGCAUGAUCUAUUCCAGCAGGCAUUUUUUGGUCUGUACUUUUCACUGCAUUUUGGUGCACAUACUGUACUGGAACUCUUAAGAAACAAGCCACAGAGCACAAAGUGAAAUGAAGAUUUAUUUGUUGAAAAAUAAAUAUAAAAAAUGUAACAAUUUA